AUGGUAUACUUUUUCACGGUCAUCCAAAACGAUGAGCUGGGCCCAAAAGAAAGGACAGUAUACAUGGGAAAGGAUAAAUUUGAAAAUGAUCCAUUAAUCAAACAUUCACAUUCCAAAGAUCUUUGGUUUCACGUAGAUAACUUCUCGUCUGCGCAUUUGUACUUGCGUUUGGAAGACGAAGAAAGACUUGCAAAGUUCGAUGACUUAAAACUAGAUGAAACUUUGCUAAGUCAAGUCGCCCAACUAACCAAGGCUAAUUCAAUAAAAGGAAAUAAGGUUAACAACGUAAAGAUAAUAUAUACUCCGGUAGAAAACUUGCACACUGAUGGCUCAAUGGAUAUUGGAACAGUGACAUUCAAAAGUAGAAAGAAAGUGAAAAAAUUACAUGUCGACAAGAAAGACAGCACUGUUGUCAACAAGAUUACUAAGACGAAGAAGGAUGUACCAACUGAAGUAUUUUUGAAAGAGACAGAGGAAAUGAAUAGAAGUUACGAGGCGGAAAAGAAGCUAAGAGAACAUUCUUAUCUUCAGGACCAAAAGGAGAUACAAAAAUCUAAUAAAGAUGAGAAAAAACGGGCAGAAAACCCAUAUGAGGAUAUAUUCUCUGAAGAGAACAUGAGAGCAAGCGGUAGUCAGUUCAGAAACGAGAAUUUGGAAGAUGAUUUUUGGUAA